GCGACUGGCUCCAGCACGUUUGUCGACGAGCUGAUUCGCCUCCGAGACCCAACGCCUCUGGAUGUAUGUGUCAUCAGUUCCAAUUGCGCGGAGAUGGUCGACGACGAUUCAGACUGGGACGAGGAGGCAUUCGAGCGCGUGGCACCAUGGAUCCAGUAUGUUAACUCGUGUGAAGUUCGGGAUCUUACGGUUGAUUUUCCUUUGCGGGUAACCAACGUUACCCUCAUCUCCUCGCACUUGAAGAGGUUGGAGUUCUACAACAUGCGGUUUGAGGGAAGCUCUCUGGAUCUUUCGAGCUGUCAGCUGCUAGAGGUGUUAAAGAUGGAUCUUUGCGAUAUCUUUGCUGAUAUUUUUUCCCUAUCAUUAAAAUAUCUUGACAUCGGCUCAGGCUUUGACUGGGAUAACCGGACAUACAUUUUAGCGCCAAAUCUCGCUGGUCUUCGAAUAUCUGUGAAUAGCGGUUUCACUCCUUUUAUUAAUAUGAUGCCAUCACUAGUAAACGCAUCUGCUACACUUGGAGAAGGGUGCGCGGACUAUUGUGGCUGUGGUAAUCUAUCGUGUGAGGGGUGUCCUGGUGAAGCCGGUGAUGUUGACCUGUCAAUUGUUCUUGAAGGUUUGUGUCGUGCAACGAAUUUGGAGUUGGUAAUUUAUGACCCUGCUUUGUUUAUUUUCAGGAAGGAUCUUAAAUGGUGCCCUAUGUUUAGCAAGCUAAAAACAUUGUUGCUCAAUGAAUGGUGCCUGGUUGAUCGCUUCAAGGGAUUGGUUUAUUUUCUCCAGCACUCACCAAUUCUAGAGACGCUUACUAUUGAACUUCAGUUUCAACUUCAUCAGAAAGAAUUUCUGACCGAAAAUAGUGAAAGCUACCAUAAACCAAGGGAACAUUUGUUGCUGUCAAAGCAUCUCAAGGUAGUUACAAUCUCAUGCGAAACAAGGGAAGAUGUAGAGAUUCCCCAUAUUUUGAAGAUCCUUGGUGCCCAUGGAGUACCUUCUAGGAAAAUUGUCAUCCAAAGUGAAGAUGAAGAAGACUAACAUCCAGUGGAACUUAUUAAUGUUGCUCGACAGGUCCCAUAUCGAGCUUUAGGUCUUCAGUUCAGCUUGGUCUCAGUUGCCGCGAUCUGUCCACUAGUGUUCUGUUCAGAUGAACUCGUCUUUAGUUUGCUGCCUGGAUGCAGGCGGAACAUGCUAAAUGCCAUGUAGUUGUAGUGCACUUUUCUGAACUCUGUCACGCCUGAACUGUUUUCCCAGUGAAGGCUUAUGUUUUGGUAAGAAGAUGUACCGUGGAUCUGUUAGUGACCAAUGUUGUUUCAGGAUUGUGCCAACUAGCACAUUGCCCGUGCUUCUACGGGAUCGGAAUAAUAAGAACACAAAACUAAUAAUACCAUCACAAACCUAAAUGUAUGGAUUUUUUGAAAACAUUA